AGCAAGCUGAAGGUGUUAAAGGAGGCGACUCCAGACGGUCUGAUUGGCUGACAGGGUGCAGACGAGGAGAUGCACAGCCACGAUCGAAUAGCAUCUAGCGCGCCACACAGCAGCCACAGAACGGCCACGAAACGGCCACACAACCCAGUAGAGGCCGGCAUAACCCUGCAAAGUCACGCUGGGCAGCCCCUCAAGCGUCGGACUGGGCGAUUUCGGGGGCCCAAGCAUACGCAUACGUCAUCACGGCCAGCGCCAAUCAGAGUACGUUGGGCCCGCAGCACCCAGCACGAUCCAUUCCACAGUGGAGAGGUCACUGGAACUGUAACUGGAACCAGAAACUGGUCACUCACUCCGCCAUCUCGAGCCUCAAUCCGCAACUUGCCGCCGCUCACCAAGAAAAAAGUUCGUCAGUCUCGUGGCAGGCCGUCUGUCUCUCCUACAUUCAUUCACCAUCUUCCUUCUCUCUCUCACGAAGCAUUCAUCCCUUCACAGCGCGACAACGACAUCCAUACCUACACCUACCCACCUACCUACCGCUACACUGCCACAGUCUGCUCCGCCCUACUACUCUUGUCAAACGGCGCACAUCGCCAGUCUGCCUGCAUAUACACACACUCGGAACUGCUACCUAAGCGCCUGCCUCGAGCCCACAGAUUGUUUGAUCAGCGGCAUAUCACAUAGUCGGACGUCCCAUACUGCUCCUCGGGCCUUUCGCACGUUUCCUGUAAGAGCAGGUGAACUCGCCAGCCAAGCAAGGCCACUUAGCCUCACCAACAUAUAUACCCCACAACCACACUAGCCCCCAUCGCCUCUCCUCUACACUUCACCAUGGAUAGUCAGGGACUCAGACGGAAGGACACCACAAAGGGUCCUCCCUUGCGUAUCCUCUCCCUUGGUACGCCAGCUUCCAUGGC